AGGAAGCGAGCUCGUGUUGUUUUGAUGGCUGCUUCCCAACUGUCUUAUUAGAGAUACAUAGCUAGCUAAUAGCUAUAGUGUUGAGCCGUUUUUCUGCUGUUGAAUUCUGCGAAAACAUGCCAGUGAGCGAAGCACUUGUUCGAGCCAAGAUUCCCCAGGAUCUGGCGAAGGAUGUGGGCGUGGAGUCUCUGGGCAGGACUAAAGCCCGCGCCUUCGCCCAGGCCUUCCUGAAGAACAGCAUUCGGCAGCAAGCUCACCAUGAGAUUAAUAACAUGUUGAAGCGCAAGGCGUUGAUCCUGGGCUACGCCAGGCCCAAGAAGGACAAGUCCAAGAGGAACCGCAAGAAAGCCAAGGGGCUGAACGCUCGGCAGAAGAGGGAAAUGAAGAUCUUCCAGAUCAAGCCCGAGCACCAGAGAUAUGAGCUUUUCCUGCCUCUGCAUGAACUCUGGAGACAGUACGUCAUUGACCUGUGCGGUGGUUUGAAACCAACGAGCAAUCCACAGUUAGUGCAACAGAAGCUUCUGAAAGCAGACUUCCAUGGUGCCAUCAUCACAGUGGUCCGAUCUAAGUGCCCAUCAUAUGUAGGAACUACAGGGAUUCUGGUCCAAGAGUUCAAACACGUCUUCAAAAUCAUCACCAAAGAAAACAAACUGAAAGUGAUCCCUAAGAGGAACAGCGUGUUUGCAGUGGAGAUCAACGGCUUCGUCUCCCACAUCUAUGGAAGCAAGUUUGAGCAGCGAGCCAGUGAACGCUCCGCCAAGAAGUUUAAAGUGAGAGGAACCAUCGACCUGUGAUGCAUCACUACAGGAAGCUGUUUACCAUCACUACAUGAAG